UACCUCUAUGCCCGUAAAGUGGCAAAACUGCAGGCGAGCCCCUGUUUCUGCUGCAUGUAUCAUUCUCUUCCUACUGCUGUUUUUCAUCAAGUUUCGGAGCCGCAAUACCAACUACAGCUUCUCGGCUCAUCCAACCUCACCGGAGUCUGAACGCUCCCUCCCAGCUCGUCCAAAAUGCAGCGUGACAAAGGUAUCAAUGCUCUACGGCGCGCACAAAGUUCCACAACUUGACGCCGCUCUCCUCUCUCACCAACGACACAGUGAGCGUUUCGGCUGCCCCUUCGCCAAACUCGAGUACGACGUCACCACGCGGAAACUCUACAGCAAACACUACUUCCUCCUAUCCACUAUGCUACAAGAACUGUCUAAACCCGUCGAGCACAGGCAACAAUGGCUCAUGUGGGUAGACGCCGACUCCAUCGUCUUAAAUCCCGCGCUCUCUCCCGAGAUUUUCUUGCCUCCGGAUGAUGUGCAAGGUGUCUACGCGCUCGUGACAGCGGAUCACAAUGGGCUCAAUUCGGGAGUGUUUUAUCUUCGAGUACAUUCUGAUUCUGUCGAUCUUCUCACGCAGACGCUGGCGUACCCGCUCGCGCAUCCGGCGGAGGACCUAGGGUGGUUUGGUGAACAAGCUGCUAUGGCACAUGUGAUUCAGUCGAUUGAAACAGCAGCAGCAGCGAAUACGACUGGUCCAUCUGGUAUUGUGUGGAUGCCUCGCAUAUGGUUCAACGCGUAUGAGUUUGAGCAUGGUUUCGAGGGCCAGCCGGGUGCUGCUUUGGUGCAUUUUGCCGGUUUGGCGGAGAAGAGAUUGACGCACAUGACGAGAUGGUUGGAUGAAUUGCAGCAGAAUCCCGCCAAGUGGGAAAUCCCUUUGCAUAAAACGUUCUAUGAAGACGCGAUUUCGAGGUUUUGGAAGGAAUACGUUGCGAAUGCUACGGCGCAAAGUACGAAGGAUCAAUCAUAGCUAUGUGUUCUGCCUAUUAGGCUAUUAUCGCAGCGGGUGGAUCGGCGGCCUCGUGUCAUCAAUCAAUCUCUCACUGUCUCAAUUCGCUAUUCCGGCUUCACCAGGGCAAAUUUGAUAGCGAACCAGGAUCGCCACCCUGGUCCAUAGAAAAAGGCUUGUGUGUUUAGUCUGGCGUAACCGAGAAUCCGGGAUGCACGUCUUCUUGUUUCUGUUCGACGACCUUCGCUGCCGCGAAAGACACAAAAGCCCGUUUGGGAGGUUCGGCUUCAUCAACAGAACACGACGCGGACAAGAUUGUUUGCUCUGAUGCCCACAAACAGAUGCUGUGGUCCGCGACCGGCUCAUUGCAGGAGCUCCGAGAUUUCUUCCCGUGUAGCACAAUGUCAUCUUCAACGCCAGUCAGGACAGGCAUUAUUGGGAAACGCCGUCAAGUACGAGUCCAGCAUGUAACCGGCGCUAAGUAAGUUGACCUCGACGUCGAUCUAUCGAACUCCCACACAUCUUUACAAGCCCUCUAUUCCUCGCACUGCUCCUGUCUCCUCUCGAUCAUCGAUGCUCACCUCACUGCCGCUCAUCGCGCCUGUGCGCCUGUCACCCCUCGCUCUCAGCGGACAACCAUGUGGACCUACAACUCCCCACCGCUUGGACAGCACUUGAGUCGGUGGUCCGUACAGCCUGGAGUCUGGCAAUUCACUUGCGCCAUACUGCUUCUCCUCUUGGUCUCGAGAGAAUACAGCCAUCGAGAGGUCCGCGCUCCAACGCCAUCAGCCUUUGCGAUACCUUCUGAUCCGGUGAUUGAGAUUCACUCCAAAUCCACAGCAGCACAGCCGAUACUGGAUUCGCUCUCAAAGUCAGGAACUCCAUGGCAGUAUGAUUGGCAACGAGAUGGGAACAAUCAGUAUCUGGCCGCCAGCCAAUGCGACGCUGCUUUCCCACUGCUGUACCAUGAAAUUGAACGGGCCCAGCAGCGUUUUGGUGCGGCCAACAUCACCGAGGACGAUAUCGACUUAUUUCGUGAGGGUACUGGCAAUGAUGGAGGCGUGAGAAUCUUGAUCGUCGACUCGCAAGUCCGCAUUAUUUUGACCCGAGGGCUGUUCAGAGAGGACUUCCGUCAUCGAAUCAUCGCCAUCGUGCAGCAAGUCGUGCAAGCUGUCGCUGCUGCAGAUGCUUCAGGUGAAGCGAUUCCAAACAUUGAGUUUAGCGUUGUGGUCGAUGACAUCGCUGUUCUCGAUCAGAAGAAGCCUGGAGCGUUAUGGUCGUUCACUCGAAGGGAUGCAGAUGCUGUCCAUGACAAUCUGUGGUUGAUUCCAGACUUCCAUUUCUUUGCAGCGCCGCCCGAAGCCGAAGGCUUUCGGACCAUGCAGGCGAAGUUUAGGACACACGACUCAUCUCUCGAGCAGAAGCUGCCGCAGGUGGUAUGGCGUGGAGCAACGUGGACGAACAAGCCCGUGCGACAGUCUUUACUGGAUGUGACAGCUGGAAAAGAAUGGGCAAACGUAUCGGAAAUGAGCUGGGAGAACCUUGCCACGGUGAUUCCAAUGGAUGAAUUCUGCAAAUAUCGCUACACUGUCAAUACCGAAGGACGGGCCUGGUCUGCCCGAAUGACACAUCUCUUCAACUGCGACAGUCUAAUGUUCGUUCAUGACGUAGAAUGGGUAGCGCACUACUACCACCUACUCGACACAGGCCACAAUUGCAUUUCCGUAGCUCGCGACUUCCACGACCUCGAGGCCAAAAUCCAAUACUACGAGCACCACCUCGACGAAGCCCAACAAAUCGCCGACCGAGCCAAAGAAACUUUCAGACAACGAUACACCACUCCUGCCGCAACAGCUUGCUACUGGAGAAAACUGAUGCGAACUUGGUCAACAGUCGCAUUCGAACCCCAAAUUCACAUCCCUUCAGACGACGAGGAGACUUCUUCUUCUCCCCGCAAAAGAAUCCGAGGAAUUACUUUUGAAGAGUUUAUUUUGCAUUUGAAUGAUCAGGACUAUCCUUAUCAGAAGAAGAAGAAGAAUCAAAAUGGUUGAGUGGUGGAUGGAGAUGAUGAUGAUGAUGGUUUCUCGACCGAAAUCAAUCCUACCUUACCUUACACAGCGGGAGUACCUAGUACGUACGACCAUCAACCAAUCCGAUCUUUUCAUCGCUGAGGUAUAUGUACUUGGUACUUUCAGGACAAAAAAGACAAGCAACUACAGGCAAGGAUAUUCAAUCCCAUCAUACCAUGUCUCCGAUGAUGGUGAUGAUGAUGAUGAUGUCGAUCGGCAAGGCAAAACAAUCAUUUCUGCCGCGAACAACUCCACGCACAAAAUUUCCUGCGUCAAGAGAGGGCAAGAUAGAGUCGUGGGGAGUCUGUCGUUAUUGGGAGGGCUAUGUAACAUAGUCAGUCUUGAGGCGAAGGAAAUGGUUUGGGGAAAGAGAAGACUAUUGGACAAGUUGUUUGUGUUCUGUCUCUUUGCAGAUGGAAGGGGAGGAGAGGAGAGGAGAGGAAAGGAGAGGAGAGGAAAGGAAGGGAAAGGCAAGCAAGCAGGCAAGCAGAUGUCAAGAUAUGUAUAUUAGGUGUAUAACUUACUCAAGGUACU